CUCUGCCCGGCGCGUAUCCUUUCCCUUCCCCUCGGUUGUUGCCUAGGUCGCUCGGUCGGCUGCGCGACGUUGCUGCGGCAGAUGGCGAAUGCGAUUACUGCUCAGUGCCGCUGCCUUCAAUGGACGAAUGCUUCGGUGUAGAUGCGCCUGGUUGACAACGAGCGCGAGCGCGUGUGUUGUACAUUUUCCGAACUCGUUUCCAGUGGGAGGGCCAAUAACUAGACGCCUGCGGGUCUUUACGGGAGGCUUCGGAAAUCUCGCUCAACACGUCGAAUUCGACCUUGCGAGUUGAUAGGUUGUCGUAUGCCACACCGUGCUAUUUUAGAGUCCGAGGUUCGACGGCCAGGGCUUGAAAAGCGAACGCAAGCACCUGAUCGAUAGCAGUCCAGUGGAGGCGCAAUUCACCGUCGGCCUGAAAAUCCGCCUGCACAUCUUCAUUCGGGAUACACAAUAACUAUGGAACAAUGGUGGCAUCAUCCUUUCGAAGGUGGAGGAAAACCAAAGCCUCCCCCUGUGCAGAUGUAGGC